AUGGGAAGCUGCUUCAGCACGGAGGACAAGGACGACGUCACUUUCUCGCGCAAGGAUAGGCAUCGACAACUGACGCCUCACAGCUAUGGACGCGAGGACACUACCCCCAUCUUCAUCAAUCCCAAAGGGGCACGAAAUGGCUUCGAAUUGGACCAACAGACGUCCUACACAGAUAAGGCGAUGCUAGAGCAAGACCUCUUCCGGCAAAUCGUCAGCAAGACAGCCAGGAACCUGAUCGACAUAUCAUCACAACUCACGCCAGUCCUGGAGCAAGAGCGAAUAAUGCUACAGAAGCUGUACAGCGCGAAGACCCACGAAGUGCAUUGCAAUACUUCGGCCCUGUUCAGCUUGCCAGUGCCCUCUGCAUCCAACACGCUCGACCUUCUCUCUGCGCCCAAUCCCAUCGAGGAGCACCAGCAGCUCAUCGACGAGUGCACGCAGCUGGCUCGCGCCUGGGCCGACACGAAAGAGGUGCGCGACUGCGGGCGAGUGGUGAUACCAUUCGACGAGUUCUCGGCCCAGUAG